AGGAUGGAGGCCCUGUUAAACGAGUGGCUGUGGCAGGAGGAGUCCUGGCUUCCUCCUGGCAUCAGCUGGCAGGACAUUGAGAUGAAGGAGGAUGAAGGCCGCUUUCCUCUCCCCAGGGAUCUCAUCUACACCUUUCCACUGGCCUUCACCUUUAUAGCCCUCAGAUACGUCUUUGAGAGGCUCAUCGCCGUCCCAUUCAGCAAACAUUUAGGUGUGAAGGACCGGAUUCGGAUUCGAGCUGCUUCUGUCCCAAAGCUGGAGACCUUCUACAAACAGAAAAGUCGACAACCAUCGCAAAUUGAGGUGGUGAGCUUGGGAAAGCAGUGUGGAAUCUCUCAGAGAAAUAUCCAGACCUGGUUCAGACACAGAAGGAAUCAGGACCGACCCAGCAACAGCAGAAAGUUCUGCGAGGCCUCCUGGCGUUUUGCCUUCUACAUCGCAUCCUUCACUGCGGGGCUCGGCUCUUUAAUUAAUACUCCGUGGUUCUGGGAUCAUAGGGAGUGUUGGCGGGGUUAUCCCAAACAGCCCGUGGCUGAGGCUCAUUACUGGUACUACAUCUUGGAAAUGGGCUUCUACUUGUCGCUGCUUCUGUGCGUCUCUGUGGACGUCAAGCGAAAAGACUUCAAGGAGCAGGUCAUUCAUCACAUCGCCACCAUAUUCCUCAUCGGUUUCUCCUACUGUGCCAACUAUGUGAGGGUUGGCACUCUGGUGAUGCUGGUGCACGACUCCUCUGACUUCUUUCUCGAGUCUGCCAAGAUGUUUCACUAUGCUGGCUGGACGAGGACCUGCGACUCGCUGUUUGUCAUCUUCUCUCUGGUGUUCCUGGUGACGAGGCUGGUGGUGUUUCCUGGCAGAGUGGUCCACACAACAUUGGUGGUGUCUCUAGAAUUCUUCCAGCCCUUCUUUGGUUAUUAUUUCUUCAACGCCCUUCUGUUAGUGUUGCAAGCACUGCACAUCUUCUGGGCUUAUCUCAUCCUGCGUAUGCUCUACAAGUUUGUGUUCCUGGGCAAGGUGGAGCGCGAUGAACGUAGCGAUGAGGAGAGCGAGGUCGACGAUGAAGAGCCUGAGGAAGACGGAGACGAAUGCAGCUGGGAGCAAAGAAAGGGCACAAUCAACUCCAAACUGGCAUCGCUGGCUAACAACUGUGUCCUGAACAACCUGACCAACCAGAGGAAUAUUAACAGCAGACUGCCCAAAGCGAGAUAGUGGAGCAGCCUCCUUCCACGUUGACUGAUCCUCACUGGGGAAAAGAAAAUGGAUUUGCCCGUCUGCCUGUUGAAGAAUAACUCAUUUCCGACACAUACACAUAUACACAUGACUUGUGUACAUCCAGCACGGUCCAUAUUGACAAUUUCCUGCAUCCUGCUUAUCUUAAAAUAAAAAAGAGGGCAAAGAAGCACAAAUUAUUGUAAAUCUGCUCACCCAGUGUGAGGUUAGGAGGAAAUGCCAUCUUUACUGUCACCCACACCACUUCAUACUCUAACGAUAUAUUUGGCAAAACAAGGAGACUGUGAAAUUUCCUUUUCAACAAAUCAUUUAGUUUUUGCAGAUUUUGUAUUCAUGCUGUACUUUUAAUUUUUUUUACACAAAAUCAAACUGCUCUUAUCUAUGUUUUAUAUGUUUUAAAGAGAGCAACGUAUACCUAUAAUUGAAUAAUAAUUCACUACCACCGCUUUGUAUCCACAUAAACGGUACG